GAUGAUAGACAAACUUUAGUAUACAUAAAAAAUUUGUUAAGUGGGUUGGUAAAUCGAGAAGUAGGUGUUAUUGUAGAUUCAAAAAACCAACAUGAAUCUUAUUAUAUAGUAGCCAAGUUUAUAGAUAUACUAGAAAUACUUAUUCCUUUAUUUUCAAAAUAUUAUUUUACAACUUCUAAGUUUUUAGAUUUUCAAUGUUUUAAGGAAGCAGCUGAAAUAAGAAAAACAUCUUAUAAAGAAAAGAGAAAAUUAAAUAAAGAAGAAUUAAACCAAAUAUUAGAGAUAAAAGCUACUAUGAAUAGUAACAGAUCGGAGUUUGACAUGAAUGAUCUUCCUAAAAAAUUUUUAAGUCCUUCUAGACUUAUAGGAUUUAUAGAAGGGGAUGGUGCAUUCUGUAUACCUAACAUGAUUCCUACUCUUUCGAUUAAACAGCACUCUAAAAAUAUACACUUUUUAUAUGAAAUUGCUGAAUUUUUAAUUAAGUUACCGUAUUGCCCAGAAAUAGAGACUAAAUUAGAUAAAUUGAACACUAAACCUACUCCUGGAGUAUCUAGAGAUAGUCCUACUACAUGUAUUUUAAGUGUUUCUAAUAUUCUUCAACUUUAUAAUUAUAUUUUACCUUUUUUUAAAACAUUAAGAUUUAAAACUAGAAAAGGUGUAGAUUUUCAAUUAUGA